CCAUUACACAGAAAAAGUCCCAACGUCAUGUGACUCCGACUUACGUCCAAGGCAGCCAUGACAGACAUGAAAGACCUAUUUCGCAUCAUUAAGAAACAUUGCGGUCUAAAGUGGAAGGACCUGGGUCGCUCCCUUGGGUUUGAGGAAGCAGAGCUCGAGGUUGUGGAUGCCAAACACAAGGAUGCUGGUGAAAGCUGUAUGGAGAUUUUGUCGACAUGGUGGUACGGGAAUUGUCGGGAGGCCACACCACACACCCUCCUAACUGCACUCACGGACGCAGGGCUGAAGGAUGUUGCUGACCAAAUUGAAGAUUACUCAUUACAUCGUGGGUCGAACAUCGACCAGGAAGAGAGUUGCAGCACUAGACAGCCAUGCAAAACGCCAUGCAGUAAAGAGGUCUUCCAACAAGUCGCCGAAUCGAUUGGUGACAACUGGAAAGCCCUUGCCCGCCACUUAGAUCGUGAUGUCAGAGAAGCUGUGCUGAGGGGCAUUGCCAAUCAGUACGACCAAAACGCCAAGGAAUGCUGUCGACAUGUGCUGGAGAAUUGGAAACAAAUGAGAGGAAGAGACGCGACCUUGGAAACACUGCGAACAGCCCUUAGAGCAGCUGGAUUGGCAGAGAUAGCAGACGAUAUAGAUGGAAGCGAGAUUCAUCUUGGAGGCGAAAGAGUGAAGAUAAAGACCGAAGCUAUCAACCCACCAGGACUACGGAAAGGGUUUCAAACAGUGGCGGAUGCAAUAGGCGAUGGUUGGAAGCAUCUUGCCAUCCACUUUGGAAAGAAUGACCGCCAAAUACGUGGAAUCGAACACCAACACGGUGGAAACACAAGGGAAUGCUGCCUUCAUGUGCUAGACGAGUGGAAGCUGCAAAGGGGUAAUCAAGUAACUGACGAAACGCUCAAAGCAGCACUACGUUCCGCUGGGCUUGUGGACAUUAUGAACAGUUUACAAGGUGAUGGGCCAAGAGGUCUCAAGCGUCCACAUACUCAUCUGCUGGAUGAUUCGACGAUUGCUGUCACAGACUUGCAAAGCCCUUCACGGGAAUCUCCUGAACGAGACCACAGGAACGUGACCAUAUUGUUCAAGCGGAUUCCAAGACAGGGUACUUUUGGCGAUAGAAGGCUAGAGGGAGUCUGCAACAAGGUAGCAAUCUACAUGGACAAUCUUAAGGAAAAAGGGGACUGGAACACAUACGACAGGUUCGUGACAAAGGCAUUCCACCUCUAUCAGAACAAGCCUGAUGUCAUGAUACGCAUCACACUGGAAGACAUUGCUGCUAGCUACUACCGCGGGGACUUGGCCAGAGGGGACAAGGAUGUCCAUUCUGCGCAUGACCUCCUGUUAAAGACGCAGGAUCCCCAACAUCACCUGGCACACUUGAUGUACCUGAAAUCAGCCAUUUUGCGCAGGAGGAAGCGAUAUGACGAAGCAGAGGGCGCCAUCAUCUUAGCUCGACAGGGCCUUGAGUUUAUUCAGAUUGGUCGAGACUCAGGGGAGAUUUGGUACAACGUUGCCGCUCUCUUUGCGGAAGUUCUCAAUGAGAAAGUAGUGGACCGACCAGACCUGUGGGAAAGAGAUGUCGUGCCGUCCCUGCAGUCCGCCAUUGAUCAUUAUCGACGGAGUCUUGCGGAGAACGAAGAUGACUCUUGCCGAAACAAACUCAGAAGAGCUCACAUUCGUUUCUCCAUGGCCUUGCUGCGCUGCUGGUCUCACGUAGGGAGAGAGAAACACGAUCAGCAAAGCGUGAUUCAGGCCGCUGACCUACGCCGCGCGGAGAACAGCUUGCAGGAGGUUGAGAACAAUCUCUGGGACGACAUCUCCGAGAGAAUGGAGUGCUCUUGGCUCUUGGCAAAGUCGGACCUGAUGCGACACAGAGGCAGCAACCGCAGAGCAGCCCAGUUGGCAAAGAACGUGAUAACUAUCGCCACAAAAUCAGGUUUUCCAGCAGAGGAAAACUUUGCAAAGGAUCGGCUUGAGCUGCUGAAACAAGCGGCGAAGACAGAAGCACCUCAAGUCUUGGAAGAGGAAGACAUCCUUCGAGAUCUGUCUGAGGCCUGCGACGAUGAUGCAUCCAGAAAUCUAGCGGUGGAAAAGGUACCAAAGAGGAACACUGAUCCAAAAAUGGAAGCGUGUGGAGCCAUUCCAGAAAAAGCGGACGAAAGAGAAACCAGGGAAGUACAUGGACGGCAUGGGACAAACGAACAAGAUAUGUUAAGCACUGUCGGAUCGUCUCAUUUCAUACCACGUUCCCGAGUAGAUCGUGACUCUUUAAUACCACCACGCGCCGAGGUACAACAGUCAGCCCAGUUCCAAAUGAGUGAAGCAUCUGGUAGAACAAACCCUCACCACAGAAGACGGUAUCCACCUCGUCGACCGCCCCCUCGACCGCCAACAAUGCAAAGAUGCCCACAAUUCUACACACCUAGUCAGCGACCAACUUUCCAGCGUGCACCUUGGCAUAGAGGUCCAUUUCAAAACCAGCCUUUGUCGCCAGGGACCACAAACUGGAGACAGAUCCCACCUGGAAGCUGCUUUGGUGGCAGGUUUCCAUCGCCAGACAGGAGAAUGAGACCACCAGCACCAUGUUUUCCGGGACCCAAUUACGAACAAUGCCCUUUCGGUAGGAGAUAUAACAGGGGUAGAGCGCGAACACUGGACUUUCAGCCGACAAGCAAGAGGGGAAAGUGGCAUUAGUAGCGUAUAGCUACAUAGUCGACACUAUAAUUCAACUGCUCAACUUAUGUCAGGGUAAAAGCUGCUAUGUCUUCCUUUGUUUAUGAUGAUAAAUAUUUCAGAUGUAUGUGAAUAUAGGGAAACUCGGUCAAUGUAUUCUGUUUCAUUAGAUACUAGAUUUCUGAAUCACACAAAAAAUGAAUUGCAUUGUACAAGAAGGAGGCAGAUGUAAGUUUCUGAUGCAUACACUCUCCGUCCCCCCUUCAACAUGGAUUUGGGGUUUCGGGGUAAGUACACUACAACUGCUAUAUGACGAAAUAGGUCAUGUGUUUGAUGUACCUGGGCAAGGUGAUGUUAUUUUCCUAUAUUGCAAAGCCUUCGAAACAAUUUGUCACUGAUUCUUUAC